CUUGAUCUCGGUGUAUCUGGUUCUUUUGCAACUGUAAACCUCUGAACCACGUGUUAAGCAUCUCGUCGGACCACACUACUAGAUUCCACAUUCACACUUUCAUAUUGCCAUACUGCCAUAUCGUCAUACUAUCAUAUACCGAAUCAAACCAUCGUAUAUCUAAUAUUUCUGUCCUCAACCAAGGAGAACCACGAAACUCCACUUAUACAACUAUAGACCAUAUCUAACUAUUGGUUGCACCACAGCGAACUUCAUAGUUAAUUGACAUACUCUAUCUAUGUCUUCCUCUCCGACUCCUACAGCAGUGCCGGUGUCUCCACCGUCACAGCUAGACACAGACUCGCUUGAUCUAGACGACUGGGAACGCCCUCGCGAUGUACCGAAUGCCUCGGGCUCUUCCUUCUUUGCCAGAACCAAGUCGUUCUUCGUAGAUACCGUCUACCACUCGUACAUUAUGCCUAAUACGGGCAUCUCACUUCUCAUCCUUUCGCAGUUCUUCAACUCGAUCAUGGUGACUACUUGUAAAUUGCUAGUAACAGACAAGGACUUCAACACUCCUAUCCACCCACUCCAGAUCUUGUUUGUUCGUAUGUUCAUCACCUAUUUCUGCUGCUUGCUCUAUAUGCUUCUAACUCGGUCUGUUCCCGACGCUCCCUUUGGUCCUCGUAACUUGCGCUGGUUGCUAGCUCUUCGGGGCUUCGUAGGUUUUUUCGGGGUCUUUGGCUUGUACUUCUCUUUGCAGUACUUGAGUCUUUCAGACGCCGUAGCCAUCACCUUCUUGAUCCCCAUGGUCACAGGCUUCUUGGCCUGGGUCAUCUUGCACGAGCGGUACUCGGUGAUUGAAGGAGUCUGUUCCAUCGUCUCUUUGGGCGGAGUUAUUUUGAUUGCCAAACCACACUUUAUCUUUGGAGCUCAGUCAGACAGUGAAACGUCUUCGGUAGACGAAGCAGUUGAAAGUUCAUCUACUGAAAAGCGUCUUUUAGCUACGGGUGUUGGGCUUGUGGGUGUUUGUGGGGCUUCAACUGUUUACAUUGUCUUAAGAAAGAUCGGAAAAGCUGCUCAUCCACUUUUGUCUGUUAGCUAUUUCGCUCUUACCUGUUGUGUAAUCACCUUUGUGUCGAUCUUGGUAAUCCCAUCGUUGCACUUUGUAUUACCCAGCAAUAGGUACCAAUGGGUUCUCUUCUGUUUGAUUGGCUUCUCUGGUUUCUUCAUGCAGUUUUCGUUAACUGCUGGAAUCCAGCGUGUCAGAGCUGCCAAGGCUUCUCUCAUGAGUUAUACCAAUAUGGUUUUUGCGCUCAUCUGGGAUUUGACUAUCUGGGGCCAUUUCCCGGGUCUCUUAAGUGUUUUGGGUAUCGUCUUGAUUAUUGGCAAUGCUGUCAUCAUCAUCAAGUACAAGCCCGGUGACGACGAAGCAGGCUCUUCUCGUAGUCAUGCCAACGAUAUCGAAAACAGAGGUAAGUACACUCCUGUCACAGAAGAAGAAGCUAUUUCUCUACAAGAGUUCAUUAUUGACGACGACGAGGAGUCAGAUAACGACAAAGACUCCAAAACCAGCGACAGGGAGUUCACUAUGGAAGGAAGCAAAGACUCGUUGAGCCCGUCGAUGGAACAGUCUUCUUCAAAAGAAUCUCAGCCUGCGUUGGAGCCUGAGACCAAAUAGACAUAGACCAGUCUAAAGUGCAUUUUUUAGUUCUUCGACUAUUUCCUCAUAUAAUUUGUCAGUUAGGUUUAAAUUGAUAGCGAUAAUAUACACUAGAUAAU